AUGCUGCCAGCAGCCUCCGCGCCGCUCCGCGCAGCCCCGACCCGCGCAGCGGCCGCGGGCAGGUGCGUCCCGGCCCCGCCCCGCACAGGUGGGCUCCGCCUCCGGCCCCGCCCCGCACAGGUGCGGGGCCCCGCCCGGGGAAGCCCCCUGCCGGCCGGGCCGUGCGCCCCCCAGCAGCGUUCGGUUGGAGACUGGCGAUUUAAAAGCUACGCAGCAUUUUCUGCCUGGGAGUGUUUACUGGAGGCAAGCACAGCACUCGGGACUGCAGGACAGCACAUCCCGCUGCAUGGCUGCGGGGGAAAUCUCGACCCCGGUAGCCCGAGUCGCCGCUGCAGAAGCGGCCGCAUCAGCGGGGGCAGCCCGCCGGGAGGCCCCGUGGAAGCAGCAUCCCGGCUGCACCGGCCGCGGGCAGAGCCUGCGCCGCAAGCACUCCGAACGCCGGGCGGGCCAGCAGAAGAGCGCGGCCGGGGCGCAAUCCCCGCUACCGUGCACUGGCGGCCGCUCCUGGGGGCGGGCGGCGCCGAUCCCGCCCCCCGCCCGCGGCAGCCGCCACCGGCCCCGGCAGCCGCCAGCCGCCAGCGCGGCGGGCGGCACCAGGCAGCAACCGGUCCUCCCUCCUUAUCCUCCUUCUCUCCCUUCCUUCCUCCCACUCUGCUCAGCGGGCCGCGCCGCAGCCCGCGGGCGCGGCCAGGAGGCGGCGGGGCCGCGGUCCCCCCCAGGCUCCCCGCCCGCCUCCCAGGCGCGGCGCGGCCCGGGACUCUCCGCCUUUCGCCGGUUCUCCGUUCCUCCCUCCGGCGAGAUGUUAUGGCCGAGCCGGCGCAGAAGGGCGGCGUAGGGCAGGGCGGGCGGCGGGAGGAUGAUGAUGAAGAGGCAGCGGCGGCGACUGCCGCCCCUCCGCCCAGCUACGAGGACUACGAGUGCAAGAUCUGCUACAACUACUUCGACCUGGAGCGGCGGGCGCCCAAGCUGCUGGAGUGCCUGCACACCUUCUGCCAGGAGUGCCUGAGCCAGCUGCACCUGCGGGCCGCCCAGCAGCCCCCCGCCUCCGCCGCUGAAUCGGGGUCGGGGCCCGGCCGGUCGGGCGGCGGCUCGUUGGCCUGCCCGCUCUGCCGCCACCGUACGGCGCUGCCCGACCACCGCGUCCACGGCCUCCCUGUCAACACUAAGCUGGCCGCCGCCUGCCCUCCGCAGCUACGGGCCCGCGACCCGCUGCCCCAGGACACCUUGCCGCCACUGCCGCCCCGCCGCCCGCCCCGCGCCCGGGAGGCGGCGGCCGCCCUCGCCCCGCCGUCCCCUGCUCCUACCGGCCGGGCUGGGCCGCGCUCCUCGGGCGGCGGCGGCUAUGAGAGCUGCCAGAGCUGCAAGCGGGCGGCGCUGAGCGCCGGCUGCGUGUGCGUCGUCGUCUCCUUCCUUUCCAUGGUGGUGCUGCUUUUCACCGGUCUCAUCUUCGUCAACCAGUACGGCGGUGAUGCCGCCGGGCCCGGCGCCUCGGCGUCGCCGUCGCCGGUGGGGCCCAUCUGCCUGUCGGUGGCCAGCAUCCUCGCCCUCUUCUCCGUCGUCGUUACAUGGCUCAUCUGCUGGCUCAAGUACCGGCCCGAGGCGGCGACUGGCGGGGCAGCCUCAAACGGCACCCCGCGGGGCCGGGCGGCGGCUGCCCGCAGGAGCGACACGUAGCGCCGGCGGAGCGGAGUGGGACCGGGCGGCGGAGGGGCUGAGCCGGGCAGGACAGGACGGGUAGCGAGGCGCGGGCUGCGAGAGGAGCUGAGGUCCGCUUCCCCGCCCUCCACGCUGUGGGGCAGAGCGCGGGCGGGGGCCCAGGCCGGGCCAGGAGCGGUUCGGCUGCGGCCCCUGGCUCGAAGGUACCGCUGGUUCGGUUGGUAUUACCCCCACCCGGCCGACAGGCAGGUGGGGAGCAGCGGAGGGAGGACACGGGUUAGGCCGUGGCUCUCCUAGGUGUAACGAGCACGCUAGGAAGGGGUCUGAUGGCGGGAGCUGACAGGGCGCAAGCCCACUACAGUGACAGGCCUCAGGUUCACCAUGCCCACAGGGCUCUGGCUGCGGCUCCAUCCCUGCGACGGGGACAGGCCCCAGGCCUGGCACGGUGGCGUGGGGAGCCUUGCGGCCAGACCAGCCCCGCAGCCAGGUCAGUGGCGCUAGGACAGCCCUGCGGCUCUGGCACAGCUCGAGGUGGCAGGGAUCCUCUGCAGGAUGACCAGGUGAGGGGUCCGGCCACUCUGGAGGGAGGUCUGUUCAGGGUGCAUCUCUCUUGUAAAGCUGUCUGGAAGGGCCUCCCUGGGGAGCUGGGACUCUGAAGGUUGGGGACAUGCUCAUCCCCACCUCUGUGGAAGCGUGUCCUGAUUUCCGUGCUCCCUGACGGCAGAAGGACACGAGCUCGAUUAAAGAAAACUGGCUUACUGUUGCCCCCACCUGGAAGAUAAUUGGAGAGAUUCUCUUUGGUUAGGAGCAGGACAGGAUGAUGAUGUUCAGUGUGUUUUGUCGUUCUCACUUUUGUGAAGUCAACAAGUACAUAUAGAGGAAGCUGUAACAGAAAUGCAUUAUCUUAAAGAGACUGAGCCAAAGUUUCCCUACAAUGUGCGAUUUUGUUACGAUUUUAUUAGAAGGCCAUUUGGCCUCUGUUGGUUGCUUAAAAUAAGCUUUAUUAUUUAUUUCUUAUUUAAUGUGGGGGACUGAAAUACUACACUGCACACUUGAAACACUUUAUGGAAGAUGAUUUAAUGAAUGGAGCUCUAAAGCAGAGCUAAGAGACUCCGGUGGUAGAGAGUAAUAUUUCACUGGCCAUUGAUUUAGGUUUUUACACGGUGAGAGGAGCCCACAUUAAAGUGCAAGCUUUGAGCAUCGCUGUACAAGUGAAAUGUGGUAUGUUUGUGUAUCAAACAGUUACCUUUGAUCAAGGGCGUGAUAAUAAGAUGGUGGGCUUCCCCUCUUGAUAGGUCUUCUUUGUUAGGAGUUUCUGUAAAGGCCAGCAGAAAACAUUUUUAUUGUGUGAAGGUAGAACCUCAAAGAUGUGUUUGAAACGUGAGAACUUGCUUGGAAUAUGAAAUGGAAAUCGUUGCCACACAGCUGGUUUUGUAGUAUAUUACUGGGAGCACUCUAUAUACUGUUCUGUGUUGCAGGAAAAUUCAUUUGGUGCCUGAAUUUUUUUAAACUUAAUUAGUCGUUAUGACCUAUUGGGAAUAAGAUAAUGCUGCUUAUUCCAUGUUUCUACACGGUACUGUAAUGGAAUGAGGUAAUUCUUUUUGUGCUUAAUUCCAGAGUUUUAAAGGUGAUCUUUCAGUAUGUGUAUUUUGCAAGCUGUCUGCAUGAUACCCUGACAAAGUAUCCUCCUAACAGACCUUUCCCUCAGCACUUCUGUUUAUCACAAGAGCAAAGCGAUUUACAGUGUGGAAAUGUAGAGGUGGCAGCGGGUGAAGACAAGUGACGUGUUUUAUGGCUGCACAACUGAUGUGUACUGUGCGUUGUCUUGAGUGUCACCAGUCUGUGAAAAUCAAACCCUGACACCUCCCCAAAGCCUCUUGAGCCCCAGCAGUAUUUAUACAGGCCCUGUGGCAGUGGGCGCAUUCUGUUGUAUGAUUCUUGUGUUACACAUGUCCAUUUAAAGAUCCGCACCAGCCUUUCAAAGUCAUGUAUCAUAGUAUAAAGGCCCUGAGGAGAUAAAUGACUGGGCUCAACUGUGGCUCUGGCUGUGGUUCACAUCUUUAGACUGAUGUUUCCACACUCACAGUUUCUUGGUACCUGUGUAAAAACGUGUGUGCCUCCUAAAAUCAGGCCCAACCAUUAGCCCCUCUUGACUUCAGCAGUAGUUGUGGAUGUUCUGCACCAAAGAAAACCACGAGACUUUAAGCAUCUAAAUCAGAAUUUAGAUGGUUGACUUCAGGUACAAACAUUGGAAAAUUUUGGCCUUAACCUCUCUGUUCUUCAGUUAAUGCAUCUGUAAAUGUUGACGAUAGUGUUGACCUACCUCACAGGCGAGACGUGAGGCUUUAUUUAUUAACCUUUUUAAGCAGGUGGAGAUCCUUGAAGAAGAGGUGCUACAGAAGUGGAAGUAUUCUUCUAAAUGAUGCUGUAGUAAGACUAAAUACCUGUAAAUUAGUGGUGAUGUUUUCUAAGAAAAAUAAAUAUCCAAGCUGUGUACGUGUGUACAUCAUAUGCACCAACACAUGAUUGACCUGCUUGUGCUUCCCCUGCAAACACAGCCUGCAUACCUGCAGGUCUCUUUAAUAGCAGUGAUCUGGACAAGGGCACCCCUAGUUAGU